AUGGCGGUCGAUUUUACAUUCCAUGGUCAGAGCCUGGAUAACAGUCUAGUCGCAUCAAUCUCGAGUCUUCUCGACUCUAUCCAUGUCCCCAACCUCCUUUGGGGCAACUAUCUAUUGACCAUCUAUGGGAUCUCCACCAUUGUUGAUGGCGCCGCGUUUGUUGUGCCAGACAACUCCAUAGAUGUAUCCUACUCCGUCCUUCUCAACGCCGGCUUCCUUCGCUGCACCAAGAGCACGGAAUCUACACAUCUGCAUAUCAAAGAAGAAAUCGCGAUAUUGAUAUAUCGAAACUCCGAUGUUCUUCCAGACCUACCCUAUCUCCUUCCACCCGCAAGAUUGGGUUACGGUCAAGGUCGCCUAGAGCCUCAAUUUUUUUCUAUCCGAAUCCCUACUGCCCUAACAUAUUGCAAAGCCCUGAUCUAUUUGCGUUGCCGCGAUCGUGGGCGAACAACUUACGGAAUGUACUGGUUGGUGAUGUUGACGUACAUAGUCGAAUACGCUGAUGGGACAGAUAUCUUUCACGAAGAGGACUUGAGUGAGGUGUAUAGGCCAUCUUGCUACGCUUUACAAACAGGCGAGCCUAGAGAUAUGUACUCCAUAUCGGAUGGGCUUCGCUGUUAA